AUGAUUCUUGACGCUCAGCCAUCAUUUCAAAUGACAGUAACUGAACUAGGUGGUCCGAGUAUUGGUAAUUAUGAUCAAUGCUUAAGUAUUGUCAGUCCCGAAGAAGUGGAUCAGCCGGUGAUCAAAGGACAGUACUGUUCAAUGGAUACCAACUUUAUAUUAGAUAUAAAGAUGGAAGAUGUGGAAAGAUCAGAUAAUUUGGGUGCAGUAAUGAAUAAAUCUGUUUUUGCAAACAAUUUCUUUCCGGGACUAAUGGGUGUUUAUGUGCCGAUUAUUGUCAGUCGUGAUCAUAAUCCUAACGACUUAACUGAAGGGAUGGAGUAUUCAAAGUAUUUUUUUAAAAAAGACAUCAAAUUAGUAAAUGGUUUCUGUUUGCCGACCACUUGUAAACCCGAAGAUCUGUCCGACGCUAUCAAUGAGAGUAAGUACUUGCGCCUAUUACCAAUGCUUGUUGCGGGUGUUCUCAUAAGUUUAAUAUACGACUUUUUAGGAGAUGUGUCUAAUAGUAACAUGUUAAAAUUUCCAAAUACACCAAGGUACUCGUCUGCCGACUUCCAACUCUAUGCAUUGUCUCCGUUGGCAUUCCUCGCGCUCUACAAAAUGCCCAGAUUUGGUGUUCUCUGGAAUGUCUUCCUAUUGGCGAUCGGAGUAUCCAUUCCUCUCAUCACUCGCUUUCACUUUAAUGUCCCUCACAUUUAUGAGGGAUUCUCCACAGACUCUACUUCUUCCAACGUUAGUGGCUUUACUUAUCACUACUGGUCAUCUCUACCGUACUUUCAGACUUAUAUCGUCGGUAUUCUCGCCGGUUAUGCUAUCCGUCGACACCCGAAGGCAUACUUAGGCGGACGGAUAGGAGAGACGAUCAUAUCUUUGGUCACAUUUUCGAUGACAUUUGGGAUCUGUUGGUGGAAUAAAGACUUCUUGCACUUUAGCUAUCGAUACACUCGAUUAAAUGGAUACGAACUACACGUCUAUCUAUUGGUUCAUAAAGUGUUUUAUUUAUCGGGAUUUUGUUGGCUUUUCUACGCCUGUGCCACCGGUAGAGCCGUGUCUAAUAGUAACAUGUUAAAAUUUCUAAAUACACCCAGGUACUCGUCUGCCGACUUCCAACUCUAUGCGUUGUCUCCGUUGGCAUUUCUCGCGCUCUACAAAAUGCCCAGAUUUGGUGUUCUCUGGAAUGUCUUCCUAUUGGCGAUCGGAAUAUCCAUUCCUCUCAUCACUCGCUUUCACUUCAAUAUCCCUCACAUUUAUGAGGGAUUCUCCACAGACUCUACUUCUUCCAACGUUAGUGGCUUUACUUAUCAUUACUGGUCAUCUCUGCCAUACUUUCAGACUUAUAUCAUCGGUAUUCUCGCCGGUUAUGCUAUCCGUCGGCACCCGAAGGCAUACUUAGGCGGACGGAUAGGAGAGACGAUCAUAUCUUUGGCCACAUUUUCGAUGACAUUUGGUAUCUGCUGGUGGAAUAAAGACUUCUUGCACUUUAGCUAUCGAUACACUCGACUCAAUGGAUACGAACUACACGUCUAUCUAUUGGUUCAUAAAGUGUUUUAUUUAUCGGGAUUUUGUUGGCUUUUCUACGCCUGUGCCACCGGUAGAGCCGAAUUUCUAAUAGAAUAAAUAAGAUAAUGGGUUGGAAGGGA